AUGUCGAUAAAUGUUCGGCAUGAAAAUGAUGAAUCGGCUCUUCAUUUGGCCGUGAAGAGUGGUCAACGGGAAGUGGUGUCACAACUGCUGACCGAUGAAAGCUUAAACGCACAAGACUCUCAAAAGAAUACGGCUUUGCAUUUAGCUGCAGAGAAAGGAUACACUUCGAUAUGCCGUGAUUUGAUGGAAAAAGGAGCUGACACAACACUCGUCAAUCAGGACAGCAAAUCUGCCUUUGAGCUGGCUGUUCAGGAGGGCCACUUGGACUGUGUGGCGCUGUUUUGUGAAAGAUGUGACAUCAACAAUCCAUUCCUGUUCGGGUUAACGCCAUUACAUUUGGCGGUUAAACUUGGACACGAGAACAUUGUGGGACAUCUUCUUGCAAAAGGAGCAAAAGUCGAGCUGAUGACACACGGAAUGUGGCCUCGAAAUGCUUUUGAAAUGGCUCUUGACGAUGGAAAUGUUAGCAUGGCAAAACUAUUGCUGGAGGCGAAGAAUUGGGAGAAAAUGUUUCGCUGCAAAGUGCAGAAUCAAUCGGAAACACUGCAAAAUCUGCCGAUGCGACGAAUCCUCGUCGAUUACCCGGAUCUAGCACGACAAGUGAUGGACAAAUGCAUUAAGCGAAAUCGUAAUCGUGUAGCUUUGGAGUACAAUUUUGAUCUCGUUGACGAUACUUUUGAGUUUCUACGGCAAGACGAUUACCCACUUCCUUUCAAGAGAAGUCAAAGUGAUAUCUACUCAAAGCAUCCACUUCGAAUCUUGGGUAACUCAAAAUGCAAAGAGACGAGAAAACUAUUAGAACAUGAACUUGUCGCUCAGUUUAUCAAGGCUCGAAAAAGACAACUCAAACGACACGAGCCCCUCUUUUAUUCGACCUCUUUUGAGCUCUUUCUCUUCAUGUUCUUCCUCUUCUCCUACUUGCUCAUUUUUGUGGUAGACGGUCAAUGGAAGCAAGAGAAAAAAGCGUAUUUCCUUGAAUCUCUCAAGUUCGGCGAUUUUCAAUUGAAAGUUUUUGAACGGAGAAAUGCCACCGAAACCCCGGAAGCACGCAGCGAUUUCAAUCGAACAAUGCUAAAUCUUUUUGUGAUGUCAUCACUUGUAUCAGCGUUGCUUCUGUUGUUUGUGGAAGUUGUGAAAAUGUUGAGAUUUGAGCUGGGUGAUUGGAAAGCCGGACCAAGGGAGCUGACCGAGAUUUUCCUUCAACUACUCGUUUCCUGCAUCUCCCUGUUCACGAUCGUUUGGAAAGGUGUUGAUGAACUAUGCUACUGGUUUGACUGGGAAUGGUCGUGGAACCCGUCUGACUAUCAACUAUUCUGGAUCUGCUCAGCGUUGGCCAUUUGUUUGGCCUGUUGGAAUUUCCUUUUCCUGCUGGCCAAAAAGAAAUACUUCAACCUGUUUGUGCUGAUGUUCAUGAAUGUAGUGAAGAAAUUCGGAGGAUCUUUUCAUCUUUUGCUGCAAGAUAAAGAAGACUUCUCUCAGCCUCACUAUUCUCUAUUCAAAACUCUUGUGAUGGGAACUGGUGAGAUGGACUAUUCGGAUCUCUUUCAUGGGCACGGAGCUGAAAAUGAGCGGCCGUGGCUGACAACGACCGCUUACUGUUUGUAUGCGAUAUUCGUCUUGAGCAUCGUUCUGAUAGCCAUGAAUUUGUUGACGGCUCUGGCGAUUGGCGAGAUUCAGGAUAUUCAAAAUGAUGCCCGGCAAAGGGGAAUCGCCAUCGAGAUUAACACGAUUCUGUUGAGUUGUCGCUUCUUGCCAACCGAUAAGCUGAAAGAGAUUUCGUGUUGUCGUUGGCCACUUAGAUCACCAAAAGUGCCGAAGAAGUUAUUCAUCGCGCCAACUCAUGAUGAAACUCUUAUGAUGAAUCAUCAAAUGAUACUUCGACUCGAGAGCAUGCUGGAGAGAACUGAAGCGCGAAUCGAGACAUUAACAGAAAAAGUCGAUUUGUUGAUGAGAAAAUGCGACUCA